AUGACAACCUUUCUCUCUCCUUUCGCACCCUACCCCUGGCUCACACAGUUCAGAUCUCAAUAUCGAUUCGGGAGGACCUUGGGUGCUGGCACGUAUGGCAUUGUUCGUGAGGCGGACGGUCCCAGCGGGAAGGUAGCUGUGAAAAUCAUCCUGAAAAAGAACGUCAAGGGCAAUGAGCAAAUGGUAUACGAUGAGUUAGACAUGCUGCAGCGCUUGCAUCACCCCAAUAUCGUCAGAUUCCAUGAUUGGUUCGAGUCCCGGGACAAAUAUUAUAUUGUUACGCAGCUCGCGACGGGCGGGGAACUGUUCGAUAGGAUCUGCGAAUAUGGGAAGUUUACCGAGAAGGAUGCUUCCCAGACUAUCAAGCAGAUCCUUGGUGCUGUGAACUAUUUGCAUGAACGGAAUGUUGUGCAUCGAGACCUCAAACCCGAAAACCUCCUUUACCUUACCCCAGCCCCCGACUCCCCCCUCGUCAUCGCCGACUUCGGCAUCGCAAAAAUGCUCGACGACCCCACAGAGGUCCUAACAACAAUGGCCGGCUCCUUCGGCUACGCCGCACCCGAAGUAAUGCUAAAACAAGGCCACGGCAAGGCCGUCGACAUGUGGUCAAUGGGCGUAAUAACCUACACACUACUCUCCGGCUACUCGCCCUUCCGCUCCGAAAACCUCCAGGACCUCAUCGACGAAUGCCUCAGCGGCCGCGUCGUCUUCCACGAACGCUACUGGCGCGACGUCUCCAAAGACGCCAAGGAUUUCAUCCACACGCUCCUCGAGCCGGACCAGACCAAGCGCGCCACCAGCCAAGAAGCCCUGGCGCACCCGUGGCUUAAGGGCGAGUCCGCCAGCGAUCACAACCUGCUGCCAGAGCUGAAGGCGUACAUGGCCAAGGCGCGCCUGAAGCGGGGGAUUGAGAUUAUCAAGCUUGCGAAUCGGAUUGAGGCGCUGCGGAUGCAGGGGGAGGACGAGGAUGAUAUUCCUAGUACGGAGAAUAUUUCCUCUGAGGCUGCUGCUGUUGGGGGUGUGGCGGCGGCGAAGCCGGAGACGGCUGCGGGUGGCAACGAUGCUCUGGAUAGAGGGAAGAUGCAUGGUGGGGGUGAGAAUAAUGAGAACAACGCCGCUGCUGCUGGUGCUGCUGGUGCUGGUGCUGCUGCUGGUGCUGCUGCUGGUGCGGCUGGUGCGGCUGGUGCCAAUGCGACAAGUACUGACGGGGCAUCGGGUGAAGGAGGUAGGACGAAGAAAAGGAGUCUGAGUCGGGCAGCUAGGGGGCAGAUAUUUCGGGAGGUGGUGCUUGCGAAGGUGCGGGAGAUGAAGGAGGCGGAGCAGAAGGAGCAGAUUGAGCGGGAGGCGAUGGUUAAGGCGGGGUUUAUUUGA